GUCUAUUUUACGUGUCCUUUGUUUGCUACAGUAACGUGUUGCUUUCAGUUGGGGAUUUAUUCAAAGUCACUCAUCGUCUUCUCUGUCAUGAGUAGUGCAGAUAUUCUGACUGAAAUAUAUUUUUUUCCACGGGUGUGGGCCCCAGCACACCCCUAUACUUCGCUGCAGUGAACUCGUCUAUAAUAACCUUGGUGAGGGCCAGUUGAGCAGCUGAAGAGCGGCGACACAGGCGAGAGAGGCUGAACGGCAGACAUGGCGGAGACCGUACGGUCGUCCCACGAGCACCGGGAGGCACAAGCAUAUGACAGGGAAAGAGACGGCGCCAAAGCGGCAGCACCGCUGCGAGGACGUGGCUGUGGAAGAAAACGGAAAGGGACUCCUGUGAAAGUCUUCGUUACAUCCACUGAGGAUGAGAACAACUCUGAGCACACACACUGCAAAGGUGACCGUAAGGAAGAAACUGAGAGUAAACGUCCCACACUGGACGUCUCUCAGCACAAGACCGAAUCUCCUCUCAACAACUUCGGUACACCGGAGCCGACUCAUGACAACCUCUCCAACACAAUCAAGGCUAGCUCCAGCUCAGCUACCAUACCAGCUGCCUCUUCAUCUCAGACCCUAACCCCAGUGCCUGCUCCCGUGACUUCAGCUCAAGCCACCUCUGUGACCGCCACAUCUAAAACACCGACCGUCCCGGUCGUCUCUGCGACAUCACCGGCAAGCACCUCUUUCCCACCUUCCCCUAACUGUCGUAUCAGAGAGGUUCACUGUGGUAGCCAAGUGCGUCUGGUGGUCAUCGCAAUCAGAGACAUCUGCAAGGGGGAGGAGAUCACUGUGGACUACAGCCUGACCGAGUGGGGGGAGAACCUGGGUUUCCGUGGUUCCAUGUCCCCAGUUCAACAUGAGUGUAACUCUGACAUAGAGAAUACCAACAUUAAAAAGGAGGAUGAGCCAACGUCGACCACCCAGCGCCCAAAAAAGCAACAAGAGUACCGGGACUACGUCACCCCCUCUUGGUCCCUGUCUCCCUCCUCCUCACCAAUUUCCCAUUCUGAUGCCAGUGACUCUGAUGCAGUAGAAGAGGACGACACGAGCCCCCGUGGACGUGCCCCACGUCGGCGCAAGAAGCGUCGCGUUACCCCUUUGAAGAAAAAGCCCCCCAAUCGUUCUCAGUCUGGGGACCCACCACCUACCUCCUCCAAUCGUCCUCAUCCUUCACCUUUGACCUCUGCUUCCAGCUCCUCUUUCUCAAACUCAACCAAAAAUGUGUUCAAAGCUCCUGCUCCUCUCAGCCCCAACUGCGCUAGCAAUCCAGAUUUCCCCCGAGGAGGCGUGUCCAUAGACUCCAUGCGCCAAACUUGUGACUACUGCGGACGCCACUUCCGCUCACUGGGCCGCCAUUUAGACAAACACCAUGCCCACCAGCCGGACGUGUGCUCUGCCCUCGUGGAGCGUUACACUCAAAUGCCACGCCUGCACACGCAGAAUACAAAUGGCGCCACAGCCAACGUUCAUCACAACAAGACACAGAACCGAGCAGAACACAGCAUUGUGCAAGAUCUCUCUAGUCUCCCUACUGUGUCAAAACAAUCUACGAUUCCCGCUUCACCUGCAAUGACGCCUCCACGAGGACAGAACGCAGUGGCGGUGUCUGUCCUUAAGAGAAGUCCGUCCCUCGUGGCUGUUACUCCGCCCAGAAAGGGAGGAGGUAGGAGGUUAAAUAAAGAACGACUGAGUGAAGAGGAAGAUGAAGAAGUUGUGGACUUCGUGCAGUCGAAGCAACCCAAAGAGGAGAAUGUGGAGGUCGGGUGUGCUCAGUCCUUCAGGAACCAGUUGUCCAAAGAGAGAGAAAAAAUGGAAGAGGAGCAGGAGGAGGAGGAAGAUAAUAGUUUGAUGGAGGGGGAGGAUGAAAGUGGGACAGAAGAUAGGGAAAAAGACACACUAAGUUCCGGGCGUCACCAGAUGCUGCCCCUCCUAUCAUCUUUGUCGUCACUGGUUCUGUACCUCCGCCGACUGCAGCAUUCAGCCUUCCUGUCGCUGUCUCGUCAGCUCCAAUCGUCCGAAGCCUGGCGCCUACUUUGCCACUCUAGCCUCGCGCUCCUUAUCCUGUACAACCGACGACGCGAGUGCGAAGUAUCCAAGUUGUCCAUCACAGAGUACCGAGCGCGCGUCACUCCACGGUGCCCCGUCCCCGUUCCCCCAGGCUCUCCUCCAGCUCUUACUCCUCUGGAGGCUUCUCUGUCUCCCUUCGAGCGACUGGUGCUUUCCCACCUCCCGCGAGUCGGCGUGCAAGGCAAACGCGGACGCAUCCAACCGCUGAUUCUGCCACCUCACUGCGAGCCCUGCCUGGAGCUCCUCCUGCGGACGCGUCAAGACGUAGGCGUCGACCCGGUAAACCCUUACAUUUUUGCCAGGCCCUAUCACUCCCCAGCCACUCCCCUGCGAGGAACAGACCUCCUCCGCAGCCUUGCCCGCUCCAGCGGCACCCGUAAUCCCAGAGCACUCACUCAAACCAGGGUCCGACGGCAGGUAGCCAUCUUGACCCAACUGCUACUUCUGGGCGAGGGAGAGGAGCCCUGCCUGAUGGGAGGCAGUGCGGUGGAAAGACUGGAGCACUUCCUGGAGAGGGAGUACCAUGUGACACAGAACUGUGCCGGAAUUGGCCAAGAUCCAGGCCUGAUGGGCAGAGUGGGCCGAGUUGUGCUAUGUGGAGAGAGAGAUGGAGUGCUCUUCAGAGGCAUGAGCCUUAACCACAUCUGCUUGGAGCUGGAUGUUAUGUCGGGAAACUCUGCAGACUCUUUUUCGGAAGGCGAAUCGGAAGGGGAGCAAGUAAAGGAGAAGACAGAGUCACCCACGCUUAGUCCAACUUCGAAACCCACACCUACCCUGCUGUACGUCAGGAAGGGCAAGAGCAACGGCCGAGUGGGACGACCCAAGAAGCUCAAAAAUACCCACGCAAUUGCGCCACCGCCUCCUCCCCCUCCUCCCCCACCUCCUUUACUGCCGAUAAACCGAAGGAGAGGGUCAGGCAAACGCGGCGUCCUGAAGCGGCCGUGGUCCGAGGCAGAGCGCGCGGCCGUGGAGGAACACCUGACCCAAAACAUCAAUGAACUUCGCGUGCCCGCCAAGGCCGACUGCGAGCGCUGUCUCCAAAAGUGCCCCUUGCUCGUCAGCAACCAGCGGGACUGGCGGGCCAUUAAGUUUUAUUGCCACAAUCGCAUUCAACUGCUGAAGAAGAAUCAGCGGCGAGAAAGCCAGCUGCAGCCUCUCACCGUGUGCUGAGAGAAGUCUCAAAUAGGACUUUUGCAGCCCCUGAUGAUGAAACUUUUCAAAUUUCACAGUCCUAAAUUUCAAUGAAAAAAGUUCAAGAACUGACUACUGGUACUUUUUCUUUUCUUUUAACCUCAGUUGUUAAGAUAUCUAUCCGUACAAGAGUCCAUGACUGUGUUCUACAUAGAUAACUCCCACUAAUGUGUGAACUUUAGCUGCAUUUAAUAAGUACAUUGAUGUUUUUAUAUGUAGAGGGAUUUGAGUUCCACACUCCCAGAAGUUCGACAUAGACAUGCGCAUUUCCUUCGAGAGGGGCAAAGGAAAAAAAACUUUUUUAUCUCGUGCUGUUGACCUCAGUAUUCGAUUUUGUAUCAUUAUGUUUAGAUUCUUAAUCUUCAAGUAGUUUUAGGAACCAGUUAGCAGGUAAUCACUAAGUUAACCUUGUUAACUGCAGUGGUGGUUCAUUUUCCAAGAAAUUCCAGAGUUGAGGUUUUAGAUUUCUGUCAAGACAAUUAGAAUGGCUUCAUAAUGUUUGUUAAAAUUUUCUCAAUCAAAGUUUUUCAGUCCUAUUUGGAACUGUGUCUCGAGUGUAUUUGUCAGCUGUAGCAAUAAAAACCAUGCUACAGUAUAUACAUAGGCCUAUAAGCUGGUAAUCACUUUAUGUGUAAAUAGGAGACUCCUACUUGUGUUGAGUUUAUUCAAAAGUUCUGAAAAGUGAUUGUUCUGUGUUGCAAUGUUGGUUUAUUGUCCAUCGGCUUGUUUUUUCUUCAUAGCUCAAAAGCUUCUGUGAAAACUAGGUGGAUACUUGAAGCUAAUUAUACGUUUUACUGUUUCCGUAAUGUCAGUUCUUGUUCCAGCCUAGCCAGCAACAUGUAAAUAUCAAAUAUAUUAUCACUAUAAAGCUGGUAGACUGUAUGUAGCCUCCAUUUCGCAGUUAUUACUAUCUGUGUAUAUAAUCAUGUUUUGUAAAUACUGGUACUUCACAGAGAAAGAUAAAACAUACAUUUGUUUGACUUGCCUUGCCUUGGUAGCUGUUGUUCUUUUCUUUUUUAUAAGUCUUAUAAAACUUUAAAACCCUA